ACAGCACGGCCGGGCACCUACCGUGUAGUGCGACACACGCUCUCUGCUAACGGGCCCAGUGUUUGGUGCGCUGUUAUUGCUGUGAACCAUAUAACAAUCUAAAUACUCAAGUGUACUAUUGUGCCGGUCAACUUUCUGGACUACCUACGGCUUAGUGAUGCAUGCCAUGUACAGAUGUUAGGUUAAUAUGCCCGCUUGACGAAAUGAAUUGUGCCACUGACAUUAAUGUUCUCUGCCUAUGAGGACUCCUUGUUCCUGUGUGCGAUUGUGAUUGUUGAGGCGUGUCUUAGUGAACCAGUGAUCAUGUCCAUUAGUAGUGUGAGUGUGACCCGUUGACACUUGUAUUGUAUUGUAGAGGAGACUGUGUAUGGCGGUCAGCUAGCUAGCCACUGGCAUGUCGUUUCUCCCGCGCCGCCUAGAACAGCUGUUUAAAUGUACGCAUGGCGAUGUACUUCUUCGCCAGUCGGCUCUCGUCGGCUGUCUGUUACCGGUGGGAGGAGAAGGACUCGCCUCGGUCCUCCCUGGAGUGCGUCCAUCGUCGACAGCCCCAGGAGCCUCUCAGACCGCCAGUCCCGUCGUCGUCCUCUCCAGUGCCUUCCACGUCAACGUCCACGGCCGUCUGUAUCGUCGAGCCCGCCCCCUACUCCACCAUCCGUGCCGGGGUGGGAUCCUGCUGUCGUCGUCCACAGCCGGUGCCGCCUCCUAGAGUGCCGACCCUGCAGACCGUCUCCCAAGUCGUCUCCGACGCCACCUCCACCUCCGCCUCCGUCGUCGCCGCCGCCGUGCCUUCAGCGCCCGAUGCGUCUCGACAUCGUGUUAGGUUCGCCAAUACCUUCCCUAGGGCCGCCAGAAAGAAGGUGGAGUUUGCCCCAGACAACAGUGCAGGGCGGCGUGACGAACGGAGGGUCCGCGGACCUCGACCCCAACCCUGAGCCCGCGGCCGAUCCUGACAAUGCCCUGGUAUAUCGUGAUGGCAACCUAGUCUCCGGCUCUCUAGAUGCCCUCAUCCAACACAUGGUUCCCACCACAGACUAUUACCCUGACAGAGCCUACCUCUUCGCCUUCCUUCUCAGCUCCCGUCUCUUCAUCAAACCCCAUGAGCUGCUUGGCAGAGUCAUUGCCUUGUGUGACUCCCAGCAGAAACUCUCCGAUAAACCCUGCCCUUCCAAGGAUCGACUGAGCAGGUUCAUCCCUCGCCUUGUCCAGCUGAUGGCUGAGUGGAGUGAGACGUUUCCCUAUGACUUCCGUGAUGAACGUGUGAUGGCACAUGUCCGCAGCAUCACGCAGAGCUGUGUGAGUGUAGCAGGAGCUGCGGGGGAGGCCAGGGUCCGUCAUGAAGUCUCCACACUCCUCCAGAACUUACUGCAUAGGCUCACAGCUCUGGAGAAGUAUGAAGAGUUCCUGCAGAGGGUAAAUGCUGAGAGUACAACAAGUAACGCGGAGGCUCUGAAUAUGACGGACGUGAUAGACGUUUGUCCGGCUGCUGCACUGUUAGCUCAACAUCUGACCCACAUAGAACUGGAGCGUCUCUCCUUCAUUGGACCAGAGGAGUUUGUUCAGGCAUUCGCCAAAGACAACCCACACGUCGAGACCUCCUUCAAAGACAUGAAGAAGACCCGCAACCUGGAGUCCUACGUGUCAUGGUUCAACAGGCUCAGCUAUUUUGUUGCUACAGAGGUUGUUAAGCACGCUAAGAAAAAGCAAAGGGUCCGAGUUGUGGAGUUCUGGAUUGAGACAGCAAGAGAGUGCUUCAACAUUGGAAACUUCAAUUCCCUGAUGGCAAUCAUUGCUGGUCUGAACAUGUCCCCCAUCUCAAGGCUCAAGAAGACGUGGAACAAAGUGCAGAGUGCCAAGUUCUCUGUGUUGGAACACCAGAUGGACCCUUCAUCCAACUUCUGCAACUACAGGUCCACCCUGAAGGCUGCCAUGUGGAGGUCAGCAGGAGCCACGGACCAGAGCCAGCGCAUUGUCAUACCCUUCUUCUCCCUCCUGGUCAAGGAUCUUUACUUCCUUAACGAGGGCUGCUCUAACAAGUUACCAAAUGGCCACAUAAACUUUGAGAAGUUCUGGCAGUUAGCAAAACAGGUGACAGAGUUCAUAACAUGGAAACAAGUCACUUGUCCAUUCGAGAAGAACCCCAAAGUCAUUACAUUCCUGCAAGCAAGCCCUGUACUUACAGAAAAUGCACUGGCACUAGCAUCAUUCGAGUGUGAACCACCUGAAAAUAGUGUUGAAAAAGAGAGGUGCAAAGCACUCAAAACUUGGUACGCAGAGACGAACUGCCGGUUCUGUCAGCUCGAGGCGUACAAGCGUCGCAAACAGUUGUGUUCUAAAGUGCGACAGGAGCCACUAAACACCGCGAUGGCCAUGUGCAAUGACGUGCUGUUCCAAUUCAAUAUCUUGCACUCUCAAGCGGGGGGUGACACAGCCCCUCCCCCUUCACUCGUCGAGCAUACCCCCUCCCUGCCCGCAUUCGGCCCCACCGACUUCUUUAGCAUUUUAGCGGAGAUGACUUCGUAAGACUGAAUCACUACAGAUUAUUGACUACAGCUACAGUCUAGUGUCGUGUGUUUUGUACAUGAGCUCAUUGUGGACUCAAAUAGUCAUGUGUUCCUUGCCCUACAACCUGUUUGUACUCUACUAUAAGUGGACCAUCACUCAACAAUUCCUUUGUUUUAAGACAUUCCUGUGAAUAUUUCUUUUGUAACUUUUAUUUAUAUGUUUAUAAGAAAUAAGCGUGUAAUUUAAUUAUUUUGUUUACUUAAACUAAUUUUUGUAGAGUACAAAUGUAACUAUAUAUUAAAAUAUUAAA